AUGAGUUGGAGGUUGUCGGUUCUACUCCUGCUCGUCUCUGCCGCGUUGCUCGAGGGCUCGGCUCUGCCCGCUGUGUCUUCAUAUGAGUUCACUGCCUUCAGGAUGCAGCAGUACAACCUGGGACGCCACAAAUAUGGUUGCAGAGGAGCGUUCGUAGUAGCAGAGGCUCGUACAGUAGAUGAGCCCGUGCUGAUGAGGAGGUGUGUGGUGAUGAAGGUCUCAGACUUCACUGUGAAGAACGUUCUUGAGGCACAGAAGCAGAAGGCGGCAGCCAUUUUGGUUCUUUUGCCCCGGAACAUGUCGAGUGUGAGCCCCGAGGACCGACAGAGCUUCAUGGAGGCAGAGGCCCAUGUUCUACAGAAGGAGUCCCUCACACCUCUGUACGUCACUCCAGAAGAUGAACAACUCCUCUUCAUGUACCAAGAGCUCAGGCAGACUGUGGCUUUCAGGACCUCUUCUAUCUUCAUCAGAGUUCUCAGGAGCAUGGUGACCUCCACAGCGUUUCAGAUCCUCGUCAGCAACAACUCACCAAUAAAACCCAUCACAGAGACCACAGUGCACGCUCUGGAGGGAGUUCUGCAAGGAGCCGGAGAGGACCCGCCCACCAUUGUUGUCACGGCAACCUACGACUCCUACGGACUCGCGCCGUGGCUGUCUUUCGGUGCAGACUCAAACGCCAGUGGAGUCACUUUGCUCCUGGAGCUGAUCAGACUGUUUAGCAAAAUGUACAGCAGCCCCAGAACCAGGCCCCAAUUUAACUUGAUGUUCGCUCUGAGCGGAGGAGGGAAGUACAACUUUAUUGGAACUAAGCGCUGGAUUGAGGAGAACGUGGACCACGCAGAGACAAGUUUUCUUCAGCAGCACGUGUCGUUUGUCCUCUGUUUGGACACUCUGGGGGGAGGAGAGAGUCUUUUCGCUCACGUCUCCAGACCUCCUCAUCCAAACACACCCCUCGGAGCCUUCACUCAGAUCCUGGAUGAGGUGAUCAGCUCUAGGUUCCCCUCGCUGGCCUUUGGGGUGGUCCAUAAGAAGAUAAACCUUGGGGAGUCUUUGGUUUCCUGGGAGCACGAGCGCUUCAGUCUGAGGAGAGUGCCAGCCUUCACACUCAGCCGCCUGGAGGACCCCAAGGACCCGAGCCGGGGGUCUGUGCUGGACACCAGAUGUGUGGUGGAGGAUCAGAGAAUGAGAAGGAGUGGAGUGUUGGUGGCUGAAGCUCUGGGACGCUUCAUGUUUAACCUCUCUCACCUGGGCUCCCCCAGAGACCUGCAGCUGUUCAGAGGCCAGCUGGAGCUACAUGACAGCCGUAUGUCCAGUCUUCUGACCGCUCUGGCCUCAGUCCCCAGAGCAGCUCAGCUCUUGGACCAGGAUCCAAACCAAGUCCAAGUCCUGGACUCUCUGGAGCUGGAGUUUAGACAAUACCUGAGGAGUGUGAGGAGGUACAGCUUCACCAUGGACAAGAGAGAACCAGAGAUCACCUUCUUUGAUCAGAUGAAGCAGCCCAUCGUCAUGUACAGAGUGAAGCCGGCUGCGUUUGACCUGUUUCUGGGUGGAUGCAUCGCUGUUUAUCUGGGACUGGUUUAUUCUGCGGUACAGAAUUUUGGCUUGCUGUACUCCAGACUCAAAGCUGCAGUGAGGUCCAAAACUCAGUGA